AGUGAAUGAAAUAUCUUGAGUUUGUCGUUUGCCUCCCCAAUCAACUGUCUGUUUAGAAAGAAAGUCGCCAUUCGUUUGCAUUAAUUAGAAGAAUAAAAUGAUUGUUAUAAAUAUGUGAAACAGAUACAAUGGGUUAAUCACUAAAGAGUUAACUAAUAUAUUAAUUUCUUAUAUGAAGUGCAACACAAACCUCAAGAGAUAGAUAUAAUCCUAGCAAACGCUUCCAAAACAAACUCGGCCACUUUAAUAAUGCAACCAAAUUUAGGAAAUAUUUACAAGAAGAGUUGAUUAUUUAUAUAUGGAAUUAGCUGCCAAAUACACUUAAAAUGCAGAAAAAGUGCAAUUUAUUUGUUUUUUAAGUUCUUUAUUGUCAAUUGUCAGCUACAAUGUUGUUGACAGUUAUGUCACUUACAAUUGUUUUCCUACAGAAAAGAAGGUUUAUUUUGUUUAUUUCUUCAGUUUAAAAGCUUAAACAUAUAGUAUAUUGGUGUUCAUUCAUUUAUGGUGUAAGAGUGGUGUUUUAGGUAGCCCAAGACCAUUACAUUUCAGAUAUUAUGAACUCUACAAGAAACAAAUUUAGCUUUACUUGAGUGACAUCAAUUCCUAUUUAAUAUGACCAAUAUCAAUACUUAAAUAUGGUUUUUGGGUAAAGUCAAUAAAUUGUGGAGAUGGAUCCAGGAGUCCCAAGUGUACCCAUCACCACAUUGGCUGGGGUAGCAAGUCUCACAGACUUGCUUCCCGAAAUGCCUCUGCCAACACCAUCACCACAGACACUAAGUAAUAAGUCAUUACUGUUUCAUCCUCGAGUUGCAGAGGAAGCUCAGAAUUUACUUGGUGUCCGAGAUGAAGUAUUGGUACCCCAGUUGGUUCAGUCUUUAGAAAAGACUUCAGCUGAACAUAUUGAAGUAAAAGACAUGUAUGCUGGAGCUGAUUCUAGACUGGAACAACAAAAAUCAAUGCCAGAGUUGCUAAGAGCACUUCUAGAUGCAAAUCCCAACAUUUUCAGUGGAAAAUCACAACCCUCCCAAGUGCUGCAUCAAAUGCAACUGACGAUGAUUCAGAAUCAGCAUCAUUUACAACAACCGCAACAUCAUCAACAACAGGUUCAGCCUCAAAAUCAACCUCAACAACAACAAAAAGUAGAACAAACAAUAAACCAAACUCAAGUACAACCACAAUGGAACCAUACAGGUCAACCUACUAUCCAGGUCAGGGAAAAGGAGGCUGACAAAAAAAGUACAUCUCAGACAACUAAGAUGUUAGACCAAGACCAUCCUGUAAUAAAUUCAGCAAUAACUACUCAGGGCAUUAAUCCACAGGCGACAAAUGUAUUAAAUUCUACGAAUUCAUCAAAUUCUACAAAUGUGGUGAACUCAAAUAAUACAUUACCAACUUUACUGAGCUCAAAUUCACAAAGUUCUAAUCAAAGUACAACUUCUUUGGGCAGUUCAGAUUCUAGUAAUAGUUCUAGUUGGACUGCAUUAUCAUCAUCAAGUACAUCUCAACAAAGUGUACCUAAUGUUCAAACGCUCGCGCCUGCAGCGCCAAGUGACACGAACACAGGUGCAGUUACUGUAAAAAUCCAACCCACGCCAGACCAAAACGAUGUUAGUAUCCCGUCCCUUCCAGAACAAACUGCAGAUUCUGUAUCACUCCAAACUACACCUUCUAUUAACAAUUGUAAUAACAGUCGAUUGACGGAAAGCAAACCUUCAACUCAAACAUCAACUAGUGAGCUUAGACAAUUACGGAGAAAUCCUGCAAGGGGCCAACAAACAGACGUGAAAAUUUCAACAAAGACUGAUAUACCUCAAAAAAUUCCAGUAACGCUGCUUAAGCAAAAUUCCAAUAUGGCUACUGAAACAAAAGUGCAAUCAGAUCCAAUAGACAGUCUAAAAGACGUACCUCAAGAAUUAACUGAUGAUACAGUAAUAAAAGAGGAAAAGAAACCUAAAAUUGAAACUAAAGUUGAAGUUGAAGAAACACCAAAAAUCUCACCCAGUGCUAUAACGAUUAAACAACCAGUUAUAAAAUUGAAUAGGUUAUCUGAAGAAGAUCAAAUGCUUUUACAGAAAAGUCUUAGGGAAUUUAUGGAAGUUAAACCCAAAUUAGCCAAAGAUCUGGGUAUUCAACUCAGUGACAUCAAAGAUCAUUCAGAAUCUGACGAGGAUCUGGAUAGUAGGCGAAAACGACAUAAUAGAAAACGUCCAGCAUCAGGGAAUCUCAGUGAUGAUGAUUAUCAACCAGAUACGUUUACUGCUUUAGUAGGAAAACGACGAAAAGUAGUCAAAGAAGAAGUACCAGAACCUGUUCUUGUUAAACCAAAACUUCGAAGAGUUGAGAAGAAAUUCGUUCCAGUUUUGGAAAAGUUAUCUCAGGAAGAGUUGAUGGAAACCAACACUUACCAUAAAUUUAAUAAAUCAAUAGAACAUGUUCUGAGAUCAGGGGAAGAUAUUGAUGUUGCUGAUAUAGGUGAGGAUGGUAUGAUCCAGGAGGAAUAUCUUCUAGGUAGAAAUGUAAUGCAAGAGUUGUGUACGGAAGCAGCUAAAUUAAAAAUACUUGGUGCAAUGGAAAUGAUACCAACGGAAAAGCUGACUAGACUGCUAAAUAUAUUGGAAUUAAAUAUUAGGGGAGGAGACAGGGUAUCACCAAUAUCUGAUGAAGACAAUGAAAGUAUUCGGCAGUUAUGGCUUGAGACAGCAAUGGAAAGGGUAAUGGGUGCAGCAGAUGCCUGUUUGGUGUGUAUGUAUAUAAUGACAUCCCGAAAUAUGUCAAAACGUGUUUACCUCGAAGAAGUUAUAGACAGGGUAGUGCUUUACAUCAAAUAUCAACUUCAUAAUACGAUUUUUCCUUCGUUUGAUUCAACGUAUAGAUUAGACAACAAAAAGAAAGAUGGUCGCCGAAAGAAAAACACCCAAGUUUCGGAAAAGGGUAUCCUAGUUUUGUAUACAAAGAUUUCAGAACUGGUAAAUUUAUUAGCAGAACUAUUAAAUAUACAAAUUUUGACCGAUACUUCUGUGCUUCAUGCUUCCUCCAUGGGUGUUUCACCAUUUUUUGCUGAAAAUGUUAGUGAGCUUCAAUUAGCUUGUCUGAAACUUGUCACAACGAUCUUCACAAAAUAUGAAACACAUCGAAGGCUGUUAUUAGAUGACAUAUUAGCUUCUAUUGCCCGUCUUCCUAGUACAAAACGUAGUUUAAGAACAUAUAGGUUAAAUAGUGAAGAGCACAUACAAAUGUUAACUGCUCUAGUUCUACAACUUAUACAAUGCGUAGUCGCAUUACCAGAUAACUUCCUACAAAAGGAAGGUAGAGAUAAAAGCAAUGACAAAGUACCAUCCAAAGUCGAUACAGACAUCCUUAUUUGCAAUAAAUAUGAAAAAGCGACAUCGACUGCAGGAACAUUCCUUACAGUUUUUCUUAACAAAUGCGGAAAUAAACAAGAAGAUAUCGAUUACCGACCUCUCUUUGAGAAUUUCGUUCAGGAUUUGUUGUCGACUGUGAAUAAACCUGAAUGGCCAGCUACUGAACUUUUACUUUGUCUUUUGGGAAAGAUGCUGGUCAAAAAUUUCUCAAAUAAAGGAACGGAUAUGUCUCUCAGGGUGGCCAGUUUAGAUUAUUUAGGGGUUGUUGCAGCGAAACUGAGGAAAGAUAGUGUUUUGUCCAGAUGUAAACUCAACACAAUUGAUCAGAUGAUUAAAGAUAUUAAGCAAGAGGAACAAAAAGACAGUGACGAGAAAGUUAGUAAGAAUAAGAAAAAGAAUAAUGUCGUCACCAACGAUCACGAGCGUGCGCAAUUCCUCCAGCGGGUUUUACUGGACUUUCUCGCCGUAAAUGCUCAAAAUGACGAAGCUUACAAAUAUGCAAGACACUUUUAUAUAGCCCAGUGGUACAAGGAGGCAGUCUCUGAGAAGACUCAAUUGGCUAUGGGCGAUAAGAAAAACAACAGUUCUAGAGAACAUAACCACCGGUCGAAGAGGUACAGAGAUGAAGAGAAUGAUGAGUCCGAAGAAGAAACGGAAAAGGACAAGAAAAGUUCGGAGCAGGAAAAUACAGAAAGAUUUGCACAAAUAGAUGAGAAGAAGAAAUUCCUUUUGAGUAAAAUAAAGCCGUUCCAAGAGACAAUAUCGUCAGGGAACCGAGUCCAAGUUUUCCAAACCUACAUUGACUAUAGCAGUGCAGAACUGAUUGCACAAUUUCUUGCUUCCAAGAGAUACUUCUCUCAGAGCUUCGACCAAUAUCUAAAAGCUAUUUUGAUAGUGUUGAAAGAAACUUCGAUUGCCAUUAGAACAAAGGCAAUGAAAUGUCUUACCAUGAUAGUUGAGGCAGAUCCAUCAGUUCUGGGAAGACAUGAUAUGCAAAUGGGUGUAAACCAUUCAUUUCUUGAUCACUCUACGUCCGUAAGGGAGGCAGCUGUAGAUUUAGUAGGUAAAUUCGUGCUUAGUCGUCCAGAAUUAAUAAGCACCUAUUAUGAAAUGCUAUCAGCUCGAAUAUUAGAUACAGGUGUUAGCGUAAGGAAGCGUGUAAUCAAAAUAUUAAAAGACAUAUGCAUAGAGUGCCCUGAAUUUCCGAAAAUUCCAGAAAUUUGUGUAAAAAUGAUUCGGAGGGUAAAUGAUGAAGAAGGUAUUAAGAAAUUGGUUAUGGAAGUGUUUCAGAACAUGUGGUUUACUCCAACCAAAGAUUCCUCAUUAUUAAGAAAGGUCAUGAACAUUACUGAUGUCGUUGCUUCAUCAAAAGAAAUUGGUUUAGAGUGGUUUGAGCAACUAUUAGUUAGUUUAUUUAAACCAAAAGAAGAUAAAGAUGAUUCAACAAAAGUAAUGACAGAACCUCCUAAAGCUCUUUUGUUAGCUUGCAGGCAAAUUGUCGAUUGUUUAAUAGAAAAUGUACUUAGUCUAGAAGAAAAUACAGAUAACAGUGGUUCAUCACAAAGGCUUGUAGCCUGCUUAACAACUCUACAUCUUUUUGCUAAAAUUAGGCCUCAAUUGCUAGUGAAACAUGCUAGUACACUUCAGCCCUAUCUAGGUUUAAAAUGCCAAUCAGCUGGUGACAUUCAAAUAAUAAGCAGUGUCGCCAGAAUGCUUGAAUUAGUAGUUCCUCUUAUGGAGCAUCCUAGUGACUCAUUUUUAGCCCAACUAGAAGAAGAUGCUAUGAAGCUGGUGCUACAACAUGAUAGACCUAUAGUGAGCAGUUGUUUGUCUUGUUUGGGUUCUAUUAUCAACAAAGUUACCCAUAAUUAUAAGCUGAUUAGAGACUGUUUUAACAAGUUUUAUGAGUAUUUAAUCAGAUAUAAAAAUUGGGUAGACAUGGAUUAUAGUACUCACCAAGAGGUAAAAUAUAAAGCUGUUUUUAGGAGAUCCUUGUUUAUAGUGGGACUCUUGUUGAGACACUUUGAUUUCAAGGAUCCUGAGGUGUUAGGGGAUUUAUCGUCCGACAUUAAGGAUGUAGUGUAUCAAACCAUGACAUUUUUUCUCCAAAGAGAUGAUAUAGAUAUACAGGUGAAUACCUUGAAAGCAAUUGGCAGUGUCUGCAUUAGGCAUUACGAAUUUAUGUUGGAAAAUGAACUCAAGGUAUUUUAUCAUAAACAGCUUACAUCAGAGGAUGCUCCAUUAAGAAUGAAAGUGGAAGUUUUGAUUAACAUUGAAAACUAUCUAGUGGAAGAAGAAAAUAGAAUGAUACAGCAGGAUUUAGAAUGGAAUAAGAGGUCUAAGGAAGAGAAUUUGAAAGAGAUGGGCGAUGUGUCUUCCGGAAUGGCUAGUACAGUGAUUCAGCUCUACCUCAAAGAAAUUAUGCAAUCGUAUUUACAUCACAGCGUGCAAGUCCGACAGCCAGCCCUUAGAGUGAUACAAUUAGUUUUACAGCAGGGUUUAGUUCACCCUGUGCAAAUAGUGCCCUAUUUAAUAUGUAUGAGUACAGAUUGUGAAAAGGUUGUGUCGCAUAGUGCAGAUAAACAGUUACUGGAAAUUGAGAAGAAAUAUCCAGGUUUUAUACACACCAAGUCGUCAUUGGGUAUACGAUUGUCUUACCAACUACAGAAGAUCUUGCAAAGUGAUAGCAUUGUUCGAGGUUCAGGCGUGAAAGAACAAGGGGAGUAUCCAUCAGCAUUAAAUGGCUAUCUGUACUCAAUACUGCGUAGUUCAAGACAACAAAGACGUGCCUUAAUACUUAAUAUUUUAAAACAGUUCGAUGAACAAGCUCGCACCACAUUAUCCUACAUGUUGUACCUGGCCGAUAAUAUGGCGUAUUUCCCGUAUCAAGUUCAGGAUGAGCCCUUGUUUAUCGUGCAUCAUAUUGAUAUUAUGAUCUCAGUCUCUGGAACAAAUUUGUUGCAGAAUUUUAGAGAUGAUUUGAUUGCUGUUGAGGGUCAAAGUAAAAUUAUUGAUACUGAAAAUGGCGAGCCAGUUAAUAUGGUGUCUGCUCUUGACGAGGAUGAUGAUGAUGAAGAGAGUCUGUUAAGUCGUGUACCUGAAGAUACAAGCCAACUGCAGGCAUGUAUUACAGCCGCUCAAGGAUGCUUACUUCUUCUUAUGUUAAAACAACAUAUUAAAGAUAUAUAUGGACUUAGUGAUGGGAAAAUUCAACAGUAUUCUCCAUCAGAAGCUGCGAAGGUUUAUGAAAAAGCUAUUCAACGCAGAUCGAAUGCACUUUUCAAUCCAAAAGCGACAGUACAUAAACUGAAACAGGGCAAACCUUCGGAGUACUUGGAUGUGGAUGGCAGAAGGGAUCUCAUACGACAGUACAUAGACUUCAAACAGUUGAUGCUACAACUAGAUCCUGACGAUCCCGAUGAUGAAGAGAACGCUCCAAAAUUACUUACUGCACUAGCUAAUGCACAAGCAACUCCUCAAGCCAAUUCAGGGGCGCCAUCAUCAAUAUUGACGGAGGCAGACCAAGUAGUACUCGAUAAUUAUAAGGACCCGCCAAAAGUGCCCAAAUUGGUGAUAUCUAACCGACGGUUCGAUAGUGAUACGAAACGCACUCCGCGGACUCCAAAAGCGGAAAAAGUGAAAAAACACAGACAUAAAAAGAAGCGAAGAAAGUUCGCGAGUUCAUCGGGAGACGAGAGUGAAAACGACUAUAGUGAUCCAGACUUUAUGGCCUAGCUAUGCGCCCAAAUGAGCAGGUUGCACUGCUCAGACUGUAUAGUGACUAAUAGUUGAUCGUUUUCGAUGAACUUUUAAUAUACUAAUUGGCAAACGAAACUAAACGCAAACUAAAAAGUACUUGUACCGUUUUUUGGUAGUUUUUCUAUUAUUAUUGGAAAAAUCGAUAAUUUACAUUCCUGUAAUAAAAGUAAGCAAAUAGAAAAAUCGUUAGGAGUAUUUUUCCGUAGUCUAAAUGUGGCCGAUUGGUGUAUUAACGUUUGUCAGAUAAUUAAAGAUUGAUUUUAUAAACUCAAAAAUGACGUGGGAGAAAAUUUUUGUAUGAUGUAGCAUGAAGCACAUGAUGUAAAUGUAAAUGAAUUGUAAACAUUCGAUAAAAAGGUGAUUUGUUUAAACUUUUCGUUUUCAGUUCGCUUUUGCAAAGAUUCUCGCAUCUUUUUUUUAUAAAUAUGAUAGAGAACUAUAUUGUAUGCGAGGAUCUCUGUGAUCUUUUUGUAUAGAUUUCAAAAUAUUUUUUUUAGAAUAAAAUCAGGGGAUUAUAUGCGCAUGAUAUCAAUUCUUGAAAACAUUAAAUGGUACUCUUAAUUUUCACCUUACUAAAACAGCAGAAAGGAAAUAUAAAAUAUUAAAUAUAGCCAAAUUUUAUAAAUGAUAUUAAUUAAUAAAUCGAACUGGAGGCUUGCGGUGACAUUAGGGUUCUAUGAUUUAUUCUAAAAUAAAGUACAUAUAGUUGUUUAUACAGAUUCACAAGUAUCAGCAUACAUAUUUAUAUUAAUUAUCUUAUCUUCUUGGCUUUACACUUUUGCUUCGAAUUUUUUUUUCUUGAAAGUCUGUCAGCUCUCAAGAGAAGUACCAUAAAAUGUAUGGCCGUUGCCUGGAUGUUUUAAAGAAGAAAGCCAACAUUUCAAUAAAAUAGGCAGGAAAAGGUUCCAGCUUGGCAAUCUUUUAAAGAAGUCAUGUUAAUUUUUAUUUAUUCUAAAGACUUGAACUAUUAACAAAUGUUUAGGUUUAUUCCAUUCAGUAUUUUAUAGAUAUAAUUGGUAUACAUAAUAAUUUUAUUAUUUAGGCUGUGUUUAUCCAACUCUUGUUUUAUCUGUAGUUUUAUUCACUAAUUGUACAAAAAGAAUUUUAGAGUUUUUAGAUUAAUUUAUAGUAAUAAUUUGGGAUAAUUGAUGGAUUCGACCGUUACUUGAUGGAAAUUCAUUUUAUGUAACAAUAAAACACUGAAAACUUUGUUUUCAAACUUCCACAAAAUUUAUUUUAACUCUAAUCACUACAGCUGUUUCGGCUGAUUGCCUUUCUCAAGUCUGACUUGAGUUUCCAGUGUUUUAUUGUUACAUAAUUAUUUGGGAUUUCUUUUAAUUACUAUGUUGGUACUUAGAACUGUAUAAUUAGCUGUCAUGUAGAAUUUAGGCGGAAAGAGCUCAAAAGACAAAAUAAAGUGAAUGAUUCAUGAAUCAAUACUAUUAUGGGACAUAUAUUUAUUAUUUGUGAAACUUAAUAAUACUUUGCACAGUUGCCAUGAAAGACUUUGGAGUAAUUCACAUAAUGACGCAAUCUUCUCGUUCUGGUUUAUAUGUAAUGCUUUAUUUUAUUUUUUUUUCUUUGUGUGUUUUUUUUAAUUUACACUUGAUUUAAUUGUUUCGAAUGCAUUUUUCAAUAAAAACCCAUCCACUGCCCUACUUACU